GAUUAUUUGCUGAAACCUUCAAUGAAUAGUCGUCACAUCAAAACACCAACAAAAAAAGGCCACCGCCCAUCGCCCAUACACGACGACGACAACAACUCUGCACCAACCAAACCAAACGACAGCAACCACCAGCCAGCCAACGCUCGUCCUUCCCUUUCCCCAGAAGAAGAUGGCCUCUGACGACGUGACCCUCUGCUUCUCCUUGUUCGACAAGGACGGUAGCGGAAAGAUUGGCAAGGACGCUGCUGCCACCGCACUGCGCACGCUGGGCAAGAGCCCCUCCACAGAGGACCUCGAGGAGCUGCUGGAUGGCGCCUCUGAGGUUGACCUCGCCAAGUUCACCGCCAUGUACAACGCCGCCGAGUCGCCCGACUUUGAUGAGGUGCAGGAGGCCUUCAGCACUUUCGACGUGUCCAACAACGGCUACAUCCCCCUCAAGGAGCUCAUGCACCUCAUGAAGACGCUUGGUGAGGGUCUCCCAGACGAUGCCCUGCAACAGCUUGCCAAGGAGUGCGACCCGGACGAGGACGACCAGGUCAACUACUCGCUCUUUGUCAAGAAGAUGUUCCAGGACCUUUGAGUUGGACGCAUGCUCCAACUUUCGUUGUCGUGCUCCGUGUAUUGUGUGUGGAUGGACGCGAGUGGCUUCUUCGUUAACAGCCCUUGUAUGUGUGCAUGUGUGGAUGUGCAAAACGCUUGUUCGGGUCUUGGUUGUUCCUUUGAUCCUGUGUGUCCCACGCAGUGUUGUUUCGUGUUCUGUCUGUUCUUCUUUGCCACUCGCCUGUGCUUUCUUUCUUUCUUUCCUUCUCUUGGCAUACAAAACACACACGUGACCAGAAAGAAGAGCAACCAAUGAUGAACAUUCAUUCAGGCUUUGCAGGGCGUGUCGUGCCAGCAUUCGAUUUUUCUUGUGUCGCUUCUUGUGUCGCACAUCGACAGCACAUGAACAGCACCACCCAUCGCCACAACCACUACCACCACCAUUGCCAAAGACAAACAGCAAAACAAUCACCUGCACACUCGCUUGCUUGCUUGCUUGUUCGCAGAAAGCCACAAGAACAG